GCCGUCUGAUCCGCUGCAACAGAAGCGGAAAAAGAUCUGCACACUUGAAAGAGAGCCACAGGAACAAUCGAGGAAGUGAGAAGAGUUGCGUGGAUUUUGCUUGUCAAACAUUGCCUUUUUUCUGUGACAUUUCUGCUCGCUGAAGUGGGAGGACGCUUAACAAUUUGUAAUGCUGAAAUAUGAGAGAACGGAACCGGGGCGGGUAAAGGCACAUGGGAGAGGACUGUCCGUGUGCUCUGGGCUCUAAGAGGGAGAAAAAACACACGAUUUCCUUGGACGUGGAUUUGGCGAAGUGGGAUGAUUAUAAAAAGUUGAUCUUAGGUUCCGGACGAAGAUCUGCACACCUACCAUACCAAGCAACCUCAAUGGAUAGAUAGAGUUAGUGGCUUGUGGACGCAGACUGUUACAGUUUCAUUUAACUUUUGGAAGAUCCAACCUCCUCCAAAGAGGAGAGCCGAUUUUCAGCUCUACCUUGGCUACUGAGGCCAAAAUGUUGCGAUUGUCUUUGACAGCUUUGAGUCUUUCAUGGACUUUGUUCAUAUGCAACGUGAGCAGAUCUUAUGCACAAGAAAGACAGGGUUAUCUGGUUGCUGCCCCCUCUGUGUUCCGAGCAGGCGUGGAGGAAAGUGUGAGCAUAACCAUCUUUAAUGCGAAAGCAGAAACACGUGUCCAGGUGCAGCUGGCGGUGAAGGGGCAGGCGGUCGCCCACAGCCAUGGCUCAGUGCUCGAUAAAGGCACCAUCAAGCUAAAGGUUCCCUCUGGUUUAAGAGGCCAGGCCCAUCUGAAGGUGUGGGGGAAUCGUCACCUCACAGAGGGAGGCUACAUCUUCCACAACUACACCACCGUCACAGUGGAGAGCAAGGGCACAGCUGUCUUCAUCCAGACUGACAAGCCCAUCUACAAACCCAAACAUAAAGUGCUCAUUAACGUCUACACAGUGACCCCAGAUCUAAGGCCAGUGAAUGACAAGAUUGAGGCAUAUGUUUUGGAUCCCAGAGGAUCCAGGAUGGUCCAGUGGAAAGGCCUAAAAUCUAUCUGCUGUGGGGUUGUCAACAUGAGUUUCCCUUUGUCUGAUCAGCCUGUGCUUGGAGAGUGGUUCAUCUUUGUUGAGGUGCAGGGACACACCUAUAACAAGUCAUUUGAAGUGCAGAAAUAUGUGAUGCCCAAGUUUGAGUUGGUGAUUGAUCCCCCACGAUACAUCAGUGAUCUGAACUUGUGCCAGCAGGCGUCUGUCAGGGCCAGGUACACCUUUGGGAAACCAGUGUCAGGGAAGUUGACAGUGAAUAUGACGGUGAAUGGAGUGGGCUACUACCGUCAUGAGAUGGGCCAUCCUGUCAUCAAAACUAUGGAGAUCAAAGGCUCUGCAAACUUCAGCCUGUGUGUCAAGGACAUGAUGCCCUUGGAUGUAGCUGAUCACUUCAGGGGCACCGUGAGCAUUUGGGCAUCAGUGACUAGCGUGGAUGGAAGCAAGCAGACCACGUUUGAUGAUUCAACGCCCGUCCAUAAACAGCUUAUCGACAUCAAGUACUCCAAGGACACACGCAAACAGUUCAAGCCUGGUCUUCCUUACAAAGGAAAGAUCGAGGUGACCUAUCCUGAUGGGAGCGCUGCUGAUGGGGUCAAGGUGCGUGUCAAGGCAGAGCUGACCCCCAAAGACAACGUCUACACCAGCGAACUGAUCUCAAAGGAUGGCCAGGCUAUCUUUGAGAUCCCCUCCAUCCCAACUGCUGCCCAGUAUGUGUGGUUAGAGACCAAAGUGACAUCCAUUGAUGGAAAGGCAGUAGGAGACCAGUACCUUCCCAGCUACCUGUCAAUCAGCAGCUGGUACUCUCCCAGCAGGUGUCACAUCCAGAUUCAAAGCCCUAGUGCUCCUCUAAAGGUCGGCCAGGAUGCAGAAGUUGCUCUCAAAUCCACCUGUCCCUGUAACUUCACCCUACACUAUGAGGUGACAUCCAGGGGGAACAUCAUCCUGUCAGGCCAACAACCUGCAAACAUGACCGCCUCACACAGAGAAAAAAGGGCUACAGUCAUUUUUGACAAAAAAAUUCACGCCACACAGUCCCCUCCUUCUUCCUCUGGUGUUGCAGGCUCCUCCUCCCAGGCUGAGAUGGACAGCUGUGUGUCAUAUCUACAGUUCCCUGUUAGCCACAGCAUGGCCCCCCUUAGCCGCCUUCUGGUGUACUACGUGAGGGAAAACGGUGAAGGUGUCACAGACAGUCUGCAAGUCCCUAUCCAGCCUGUCUUUGAGAACCAGGUGUCUGUUACUCAGUCAGCUAAUGAGUCGAUGCCAGGAGACCCUGUCACCCUUCAUGUUAAAGGAGAAAAAGGCUCCUGUGUGUGCGUCGCCACUGUGGAUAAAAGUCUGUAUCUCUUAAAGCCCGACUUCCAGAUAAGUUCAGACAAGGUGUUUAAAGAGCUGGCAGAAUUUGAUAUUUCAGACACCUUUGGUAUCCCCAAAGACGACGGACACUUCUGGUGGCCUGGACUAUCGUCAAAGAGACGCCGGCGCUCCUCUGUGUUCCCGUGGCACUGGGACAUCACCAAGGACGCGCGCUUUGCUUUCACAGAAACAGGGCUGGUUGUGAUGACCGAUAUGGUGAGUUUAAACCACCGCCAGAGUGGAAGCAUGUACACAGACGAGGCUGUUCCUGCCUUUCAGCCGCACUCCUCCACCUUAGUGGCCGCCAUGCACUCUCGCCCCAUGGCCAGAGUGGAGAAGCGUAGGCGUACAUUUUUCCCAGAGACUUGGGUGUGGCACUGCCUCAAUGUCAGCUCUGACACCGGGGAAGCUGAGCUACGGUUAGAUGUGCCGGAUUCGAUCACCACCUGGGUGACGGACGCUGUUGGCCUGUCUGAAGAAAAGGGACUGGGCUUAGCAAAGAGAACAGAACUCCGUACCUUUAAGCCCUUCUUUGUUGACUUCACAUUACCCUACAGCUUAAUCAGAGGAGAGCAGACCAAAGUUCCUCUCACUGUCUACAACUACCUGCCAACCUGUGCUGAGGUUCAUGUUAAAGUCUCCGUUCCAAAAGGCAUUAAGUUUGUUGGUCACCCUGGAAAACACCACCUGACCAGAAAGAAGUGUGUCGCUCCUGGAGAGGCUACACCAACAUCCAUUGUGCUGUCUUUUACUGAACUGGGGUUCGCAAACAUCACAGCACGUGCACUUGCCUACAGUGAACUGAGCUGCUGUUCAGAUGGACUCCAGCCUGGCAAAACAGGCAAUGACGUAGAUGAAAGAAGGACCCCAAUCGGCCUGGACUAUGUACGCAGGACCGUCCAAGUGGAACCAGAAGGUCUGCCCAGAGAGUACACUUACAGUGUCUUCUUCUGUCCUAAUGAGAGAAUCCACAUUUCCACCCCCAACAAGUAUGAGUAUCAGUAUGUGAAAAAGCCAGCCAGGAUGAACCAGUUCCAAGUGGCAGUGAAGACCCACAACGAUGCACACUUUGCCCUCUCUGCUAGCCCACAUGACAGUGCAGAGAUGCUGGAGAUCGUACUCGGGGGAAGGCAGAACACUCGCUCCUGGAUCUCUGUGGGAAAGAUGGGUGAUCCUUUGGUUAGUGCCUCCACUCCCGGCAUCCUGUCUUGGGAUGAGUUCCGCAGCUUCUGGAUCAGCUGGAAGGGAGGCGUGGUACAAGUGGGCCAUGGGGUACAUCCAUCCAAUGAAUCAAUCAUCCUCCAGUGGGCUGGCCAGUUCCCUGGACAGGUGCGUCACAUUGGAUUCUCAACUGGCUGGGGCUCAGUUGGGGAGUUUAAAAUCUGGAGGAAGGAAGACUCUGAUGAGAACCACAACGAGGCAUUCACUCUUGGGGUCCCACACAACAUGGUGCCUGGAUCUGAGCGGGCCACUGUGUUUAUGAUAGGGGAUGUUAUGGGACCGACUCUCAAUAAUCUGGACAAGCUGUUGCGACUCCCUUUUGGAUGUGGGGAGCAGAACAUGAUCCACUUUGCCCCCAAUGUCUUUGUUCUCAAAUACCUUCAGAAGACCAGGCAGCUCAGCUCUGAGGUGGAGAAUGAAGCGACAGACUACCUGCUGCAAGGCUACCAGAGACAACUGACCUACAAACGGCAGGAUGGAUCGUACAGUGCCUUUGGAGAGAGGGAUUCUUCUGGCAGCAUGUGGUUGACAGCAUUUGUGCUAAAGUCCUUUGCUCAGUCUCGGGGUUUCAUCUACAUUGACCCUGAGGAGCUUUGUGCUGCAAAGUCCUGGCUCAUCAAACAUCAACGAGAUGAUGGCUCCUUCCCUGCCAUGGGGCGCAUCCUAAACAAAGAUCUACAGGGAGGCAUCCAUGGGAAGAUCUCACUUACAGCUUAUGUGGUAGCAGCUCUCUUGGAGACCGGGAUAACCACAGAGGAAGAGAAGGUUGCAGUGGCCAAAGCCAAGGACUUCCUGGAGAGCAACACCUACUCAGCUGAUGACCCAUACACCACGGCUCUGUCUGCUUAUGCCUUGGCUCUGCUGCGAAGCCCUUAUGCUCCACUUGCCCUGCGCCGUCUCAACCACAUGGCUAUCACACAAGAUGGCCUCACUCACUGGAGUCUGACUGGCAGCACUAUGACAGAUGAGGACACUUUCAUGGGCUUUAGUGAUGGCUUGUCUCAAUCAGUGGUGUCAGCAGAGGUGGAGAUGACAGCCUAUGGCCUUCUGACCUACACCUUACUUGGAGAUGUUGCUUCUGCCCUUCCUGUGGUCAAAUGGCUCUCUCAACAGAGGAAUGCCUUGGGUGGCUUUUCAUCCACACAGGACACCUGUGUAGCUCUCCAGGCUUUGUCAGAGUACGCCAUUCUGUCUUACGUUGGGGGGGUCAACCUCACCAUCUCACUUGCUUCCACCAACUUGGACUUCCAGGAGACAAUCGAACUUAACAGGGAUAAUAAAAAACUCCUUCAGAGUGCCAAGAUCCCCAGUAUCCCCACAGGCCUUUUUGUCAGCGCUAAAGGAGAAGGCUGCUGUCUCAUGCAGAUCGAUGUGUCUUACAACUUACCUGACCCAGUAUCCAAGCCAGCUUUCCAGCUCAAGGUGGACCUGAAAGAACCGUUCCAGGAGCGACACCAGCAGCCUCCCUCUGCCUCUUCAUCCAAUCCCCGUCAUCCCUCCUCACGUUCCCGAAGCCGUGCCGACAAUCGUUCUGAGCUGAACCGGAAGCGUCGGGCACCGAUUGAUGAUGAUGACCCAGCAGCUUAUCAGGACAAGAUGGAUUUCCACAUCUCUUUAGAAGUCUGUGCCAGAUGGCUCCAUUCAGGCUCGUCCAAUAUGGCUGUCAUUGAAGUUCCAAUGAUUUCUGGUUUCAGGGCAGAUAUUGAAAGUCUGGAGAGGCUGCUGAUGGACAAGCGAGUUGGUCUGAAGAGAUAUGAGCUGAAUGGUAGGAAAGUGUUGUUCUACUUUGAUGAGAUCCCCAGCCAGUGUAUGACUUGUGUGGCCUUCCAAGCAGUCAGGGAAUACAUUGUGGGCAAGACAGCACCUGUUCCGGUCAAGAUCUAUGACUACUAUGAACCAGCCUUCGAGGCCACCCGCUUCUACAACGUUAGUGAGAGUAGCCCACUGGCACGGGAGCUCUGCGAUGGACCCACUUGCAACGAGGUGGAGAGUUCAACCAAUCAGUGGAUAGGCUUUGUGCAGGCAAAUCAGUGCAACAAUGUGUUUGGCUGUCUGGAGGAGGAGCAGUUUGAGCGUUGCACUUGCUACAGGGACUGCGGAUACGAUGGAGAGCCGGUUUGUGGGUCGGAUGGGAAGCUUUACCAGAACCAGUGUCAGAUGGAGGUGUUUGCCUGUCGAAAUGGGACACGUAUCAAGCAGGUUCCUCUGUCCCAGUGCCCUCAAAUGGAGACCACAGUGGAAGACAAGCAACAAAUAACACAACAGGAGACGGAGCAGCCUUCGGUGCCUGUACACACAGGUGAAGAAGAGCAGGGUUCCAUGGCAGAGGUGUCUUACUACUCCUAUGAAUACGACCCAGACUCUGAGCCCUUCCUUGCUGACGCAGAUGGAGGGGACCAGUUUGACCUUCCUGACAGUGGAGAGGAUGUAGGGCAGAAGGUGCUCCUGCCAGCAGAUACUCAGCUACCCACACUGGACACAAAGAACACCCCUGAGCGAUGAAACAACUGAAGCCAUACCCACCUCCAAAUUUGUACAUUAUUUGUGAAUAUGCUAGUGAAUGGAAAGAGAGAAGAGUCUUUGGACUUUCCCUGCCUAAAAGGAAGAGAUGUUGGGACCUGGAGAAAAAGAGUGUUUGAGAGUGUGGAUGCAUUUAUACGUAUGUGUGUGGUUGAAUGUUACUAUGUAUGACUGUUACACAGCUAGUGUCCUCCAGACUUUUCUCCCUCCCGCCUCCUGGUCACUGUUAGGCACCAUAGCGUCUUUGUUAUUCACUGUACUGCCUUAAUAAUCACUAGAAGAAAUAAUCAAGUAUUUAUGUUUGUAAUUACACCUGACUUUAAGCAAAAUAUUUUGUUAUAUUUUCUAUCUGUGGUAUUUAUUUGUAGCUAGAGGUCAUAUCUUUUUUUUUUUUUUUUUUUGCCCGUUCAUACAGUCUACUCUUUAACCUUGUGGUUCUUUGAGUUCAAACAAAAUAUAUGUGCUGUCAAAGUUUUUUUUUUUUUUUACUUUAAUAGCAAGCUUUAACCCAAUCAUUGAAAUGUUUGAUGAAAUUCCUUUGCUGGUAUCCUGUUGUAAAAGACAUAUGCUAUCCAUAUGCUUUACAGAAACAUAAGCUCAAAUGUUUUUCAUUUUUAAGAUUUUCUUGGGCUUUUUUGCCUUAAAUAGUCAGCACAGCAGAGACUGAAAGGAAACACAAGGAAAGAAGACGACUGAGAUGCAACAAAAACACAAACCGUACAGUUAUAGGACAAGUGUCUGUGGACCACUGGUUCACUGGGAUGCAACUAUUUUUCUGGAAGUACCCAACCAAGACGACCACAACAUCUACUCUCAAGUCACCCUUCACCUUACCUACCUUGAGAUUUGAUUGUACAGUUCAUAAGCUAUUUUUUUUUUUUUUGUUAAAUUUUGAUUCCUGAAGCAAUCAAGUGAAAAAUCAAGAAUGAAGUUUUGAAUUAAUGUAAAUGGACCAAAUUUCAUUAAAUGUAGUCCCUAUUCUUUUCAAAUAUUGUGCUUUUUAAAGACAAACAAGAAUAAAAUUUGUAUACAAUCCAA